UUCACAACAGGCUUCCUUUCCACCUAAGCCUGAGUCGUCACCGUGGUUGUCCGCUCGGAGGUGGAGUUCGCAGAAUUUGCAUUCGGGGAUGGUCGUGCCAGCCGGCGGGCCACCCGGCGGGGCGGCCACCCUUGCAACGUUUGCUGGAGAGAUGGAACUGGAAGGGCCGCCGUCUGCCGCCAGCAAGCACUUUCUCAAGCACUCUGGGCGGCCAGGGCUUGCAAGCUGGUGGCUGGCCCCCUGAGUCCUGGGCUCCGAGGCACGGCCAUCGACUUAGGCCUUGGAUUCCCUUACCUGGAGAACCUCUGAGCUCUCACCUGCUACUUCUGCCGCUGCUGCUGCACAGAGCAGAGAGCUGGCCCUCCUCUCCUGCCCCUGUGCACAGCACACUGCCAUAGGGCAGCCAUCUCUGGACCCGGAGGAGGAGGGUCCCCGAGGACCCCCCUGCCCAGCUUGACAGCUGCUCAGACAAACACCGCAAGACCAGCCUCACCCAGGACGUCUGCCCUCCCUGCAGCCGCCGCUGCCUCCCCAAGUGCUGGAAUUACAGGCGUGAGCCGCUGCACCUGACCACACACUGAUUACCAGGAGCGACGCUCAGGAGCCCCCGGGGCAGCCACCUCCCCACCUGCGCCCCUGAGCCGCGCACCCUUCCCUUGCAGAGCCCGGGCGAGGACCCCUCCAGGAUGCAGGUCCCAAACAGCACCGGCCCGGACAACGCCACGCUGCAGAUGCUCCGGAACCCGGCGAUCGCGGUGGCCCUGCCCGUGGUGUACUCGCUGGUGGCGCUGGUCAGCAUCCCGGGUAACCUCUUCUCCCUGUGGGUCCUGUGCCGUCGCAUCGGGCCCAAAUCCCCGUCGGUCAUCUUCAUGAUCAACCUGAGCGUCACGGACCUGAUGCUGGCCAGCGUGCUGCCUUUCCAAAUCUACUACCAUUGCAAUCGGAACCACUGGGUGUUCGGGGUGCUGCUGUGCAACGUGGUGACCGUGGUCUUUUACGCAAACAUGUACUCCAGCAUCCUCACCAUGACGUGCAUCAGCGUGGAGCGCUUCCUGGGGGUCCUGUACCCGCUCAGCUCCAAGCGCUGGCGCCGGCGUCGUUACGCGGUGGCCGCGUGUGCCGGGACCUGGCUGUUGCUCCUGGCCGCCCUGUCCCCGCUGGCGCGCACCGACCUCACCUACCCGGUGCACGCCCUGGGCAUCGUCACCUGCUUCGAUGUGCUCAAGUGGACCAUGCUCCCCAGCGUGGCCAUGUGGGCCGUGUUCCUCUUCACCAUCUUCAUCCUGCUGUUCCUCAUCCCCUUCGUGGUCACCGUGGCCUGUUACACGGCCACCAUCCUCAAGCUGUUACGCACGGAGGAGGCGCACGGCCGGGAGCAGCGGAGGCGCGCGGUGGGCCUGGCCGUGGUGGUCCUGCUGGCCUUUGUCACCUGCUUCGCCCCCAACAACUUCGUGCUCCUGGCGCACAUCGUGGGUCGCCUGUUCUAUGGCAAGAGUUACUACCACGUCUACAAGCUCACGCUGUGUCUCAGCUGCCUCAACAACUGUCUGGACCCGUUUGUGUAUUACUUUGCCUCCCGGGAAUUCCAGCUGCGCCUGCGGGAAUAUUUGGGCUGCCGUGGGGUGUCCAGAGACUCCCUGGACACGCGCCGCGAGAGCCUCUUCUCUGCCAGGACCACGUCCGUGCGCUCCGAGGCCGGUGCGCACCCCGAAGGGCUGGAGGGAGCCCCCAGGCCCGGCCUCAUGAGGCAGGAGAGUGAGUUCUGAGUUCCCCGGGGUGCAGCUUGGAGAGCCAAGGGCGCAUGGAGAGGCCACCGUGCCAGAGGUUCAGGGAGAACAGCUGCGUUUCUCCCAGGCACUGCAGAGGCACCCGUGAGGGUCUCCAGGUUUCACUGAGGGUGGAGAAAUCAGCAAAGCCCAGCGGGGCACAAGGCGCUCUGUUACGCUGCAGAGGGGGCCUCUGCCUCUCUGUGCCAUGCACGAGACAGCGUGUGCCACCAUGCCCGGCUGAUUUUUGUAUUUUUUUUUAGUAGAGCCGGGGUGUCCACCCCCGAGCUCCUUAGACACUCCUCAUACCUGUCGGUCCCUGAGCAUGGACAUUUAACCAGCCCCACUCCCUCUGCCACUGGAUUUCUGGAUAUCCUCCCUGGGCGACCUGCCAGCCCCAUUCCCAGCUCCUCUCCUUGCUGACAUCGUCCCUUAGCUGUGGUUCUGGCCUUCUCUAUUCUCCCCCAGAGGUGCUGGUCUCCCUAGCGCGGUGCACACCGAAAUUGCUGUUGAUUUCACUCAGGGCCACUGUGGUGGCUGUGGUUGGAAUUCUUCCUUCAGAGGAACAAGGACAGAUGUAUUAAUUCAUCUCUGAUGACUCCGGGAGCACCUGAGGUUCCUGCAAGUCAACUACUCCCGUGUUCCCCACGUCCCCUCCCUGCCCCAUCCCACCCCCCGACCCUGGAGCUGACCACGGUGAUUUUUGGCACGGUUGUUCCGACCUGGCUUGGAGGGCGCCCCCACCCCUAUUCUGCUUCUGUGAAUCCCUGAUAGGAAAGGAGGUCCCAUCAGAUCCCUGGAACACCAUCAGGCCUCCCUGACUCAGGACGAGGACCUCGGAGGCCCAGGUGUGCAAAGGAGGCUCCAUGAGAUGGAGCCCAUCCCAACCCAAGGGUGCAGCUUGAUUCCGGAGUUCCCCGCCUUCUGCCCAUUGUCUGCGUCCUUUUCCCCCCCUGGCGAGUCCAUCUGGAGUCCGGGGAGCAGGCAACUGGCCUGACCCGUCAGACCGUUUGGAGAUCAAGCACCGGACGCAGGUGUGGACCCCAGGAACCUGCAGGGGUGUCGGUCGCUGGGCCCCCUCCAUGCUGUGUGGGUGGUGAGCAGGCUGUGUGUUUGUCUUUUUUCUUCUGCACGGGACGUGCCUGCACCAGCCCCAAUACCUGAGCUGGUUUAGGGUAAAGAAGAGCUCUGUCUCCCCACGGGCCUCCGAACAGCACAGGGAAUUGGAUUCCUGGCUCUCUUGGAUGAGAAAGACCAUUCUGGAGGCGGGAAUGGGAGAGCCGGCCAUCUGCCCAGGGUCUCUGCAUCUCCAUAGUGGGUGGCCUCGGAUGCCCAGCCCCUCCCUUUCUGUGCACUGGGGACACCGAUGGAGGCCAAAGCUGCUUGCUGUUCAGAGGCCCUCUGUUGGCGCCUCUCUCCUGCCAUCAUCACCAUGGAAGGAAAACAGAGAUGGCUCAGCAAUGAAUUCAAUCCUUCCCAAAACCCGUGUCCACCCGGAACAUCAGCAUAUGGGACCAUGUUUGAAAAUCGGCUCUUUACAAAUGUAACGAAGUAAGGCGGGGCCAUCCUGCAUUUACAAUGGGCCCCAUCCAGUGUCCCUGUGAGAGACGGAAGAGGAGACACUGACACCGAGGAGGAGGCCACGUGGAGACGGAGGCAGAGACUGGAGUGAUGCGGCCACAAGCCCAGGGACGCCUGGAGCCCCCAGGAGCUGGGAGAGGCAGGAAGGAUCCUCCCCUAGAGCUUUCCAGGGAGAGUGGCCCUGAGACACCUGGACCUCAAAUUUCUGGUCUCUAGGAUUGGAGGAGGAUAAACUUGUGUUCAGUUCCCAGUUUCUAGGAAUUCAUUUCAACAGCCCCAACCAAUGCACACACGCACUGAAUCUACUCUGACAUCCUGGAACUGUGAUGUGGACCAGUGCAAUGUGCUGGUUCCCGGGUGGGUCAUUUCGGGAGGCCCGCUGUGCCCCAGGCUGGAUCCCAGGGAGUGCUGUGUGUGUGUAUGUGUGUGUGUGUGUGUGAGCAAUAAAGCUUUUUAACCACCUGGGUGCAGGCGGACUGAGUCUGAAAAAGAGAGUCAUCGGGCCGGGCGCGGUGGCUCAAGCCUGUCAUCCCAGCACUUUGGGAGGCCGAGACGGGCGGAUCACGAGGUCAAGAGAUCGAGACCAUCCUGGCUAACAC